UCUGCUCGCCGCCGCUAUUUUGCCUCGAGCGCGCCUCUCUGCUUUAACUUACAUCGUCUUGUUUUAUAGAUUCGCAAACGCAUCGCGGUCAAGACAACGUCGAUAAGAGCUGAUUGAAAGAUAUACAGCACAAAAGAAUGCAUUUGCAAUCUCUGAUCCUUCUUGCUGCUGCGGCAGCGCAGACAGUCUCCGCAUACACCGUCCGCGGAUUCCUCGACCCGACUCCCCCCUCCUCCUCGUCGCAGAUUCUUCCCAAGCUCUCAUACGCGCCCUCGAUUGAAAUCACGCUCCGCUCAUCGACCGCAUACCACAAGACCUUCCUGCAAUCCGCCCCGGUGUCGGCAUCCUCCUCCGACGCGGAGCAGUUGAGCGGGUUUGCGUUUGUGAAUGUGUCGGAGGGGAGUUACCAGUUGCGGGUGAAUUGCAUCGAGCAUAUUUUUCCCGUGCUUAGGGUCGAUGUGGGGGAGAACGAGGUCGAGGUGUUUUUGACGCAUCCGGGGAAUGAUUGGACUGUGACUGGGGCGCGGCAGCCGUAUCCUGUUGAGUUGAAGCCGGUGGGCAAGGCUGUGUAUUAUCAGGUUCGGGAGGGUUUCAAUGUGUUGAAGUUGUUUAAGAAUCCGAUGUUGAUUAUCAGUUUGUUCACACUCGUCAUGGUGUUUGUGCUUCCCAAGAUGAUGGAGAAUAUGGACCCAGAACAACUCAAAGAACUCCAAGAACAGCAAUCAAAGUCGGUCCCCCCGACGCUCACGAACCCAAUGAACUUCGACAUGGCCAGCUACCUUGCAGGUAAAUCAUCCUCCUCAUCUUCGGGCGAGAGUGCUGCCGGCGCCUCGUCGUCGUCGGCGUCGGGGAGUGAGAGCGCGAAGGGGCAGGCGCGGAGCCGGAAGCAUUAGGUGGGGUGAUGGGAGAGAGUGGUUGGGGGAUGAUUUUUUUAUGUUGUUUGAUGACGGUGUUGUGUUGAUUGCGUGUAGUUAGUGCAAAGAGUCUGUUUUGUAUAAAUACAACUUUCUAGUCAAUUGACCAGAUACAGCUCCAGUCAACCAAAUACAACUCCAGUCAACCAAAUAUGCCCUC